AUGAAUAGCUUAAUAUUACUUCCAAUGUAUGCAGAACAAUUUCAGAUCAGAGAAUCUAAUAACACAACUCCAGUUUUGGAAGAUUUAACCGUUGAAGAGUUUGAAAAAUCCAUAGAAGAGUUUGAACAAUUCUUACAACAAUCAGCUGAUCACUCUCGCAAUGGUUCCAAUGCUGCCACAGAAAAUAAUGUUUGGAACUCUAGCACAAACUACUCAACUGCUUCCAUGACUAAGCAGGAUUCAACUCUUUCAAUUCCAACAACAAAUGAUUCAACCUAUUCACACUCACGUGCUUCUGGAACAACACCUGGAAGCAGCAGCCAGAUAAAUUUAUUGCCUUACGCGACUAGUACAAUCCACGGGCCUCCUUUAAUAAAAAUCGAUAGCUUUUUAUCGGUACCCUCUCGGUCUACUUCAAGGUCCAUUUCUCCUAACGAUUUUACAAAUUUGGAAGUUACUCCACCACCAUCCGGAAUAAUGGGGGAACUUGACACUAAUGAGAUUUCGUUGCUUGCUGGAUAUUUCGAUACUACCAAUGAUUGUAUUAAUUUAUCAGAUUUGUUUAAUUCUCCAGACCAAGGAGACCCAAAACCACUAAAUGCUAGCUUAAAUCCACCUAUCUUUGAUGCGCUCUCCACAGUGAAUUUUGCUAGCUCAUCCAAUAUCGAGGAACCAGCAUCCGCCAUCCCAUCAUUGUUUCGUAACAAUUGGUCUCUUAAACCAGCAAAUGUUCCAAGACUGUUUCCCGAAAUUGAAAGAUCUUGCACCUUUAGAAACAUCCCUAAUUCAUAUAGUGAAGUUGAAGAGGGUUCUUCAAGCACCACCACAACAUCCCGACCUGUCUCAGCACUGCCUAUCAACAAUUUCCAAUCGUCUCCUCCUAGUCUCGACUCCCCAAAGAAUGUUCUUCCUCGCACCAAGAUGUUGAAAUUGGUUUCUGGUACUACAGGCAGAUACAAAACUGCUCCAAAGCAUCCUGCAAUUUAUCAAUGUGAUGUUUGUGGAAGGAGAUACACCCGUCAAUCAAACUGUAAUUCGCAUGUGAAAACUCAUUCAGGUGAAAGGCCAUUCAUGUGUAGCAAUAGGGAUUGUGACAGUAGUUUCUAUACAAAGUACGAUUGUAAAAGACAUGAAGAUUUACAUACCAACAGGAAUAAAUUCUUAUGUAAAGGAGUGUUGGAAGAUGGGACGGAAUGGGGGUGUGGAAAGGGCUUUCCUAGGUUAGAAUCUUUAAGAAGACAUUUCAAAACUAUUAAGGGGAAAAAAUGCAAGAGACGUUUCAUGGAAGAGGAAAGAAGGAAAAAGAAGUGA